GUGGAGUUACCUUUUCGUCACUCGGAACCACCUGUACGAAACAACAUGGCGAAGGAAGGUUCAUCUAAAAUGAAACUAUGACGGCAUUACCAAACUCCCACGAGCAGAGAUGACCUCUUGGGAUGUUUUGGUUGUCUCUGUCCAUGCACUGCCCAAGAGAUGAAGAAGGCGACAGAAAAACUCGGAGAAUCAAAACCGGAUGUUGACAAAGCAAAACGUGUUUACAGAGCUGCUUUAGAUGCUAUUAAGAAGCUUGAUGAAAUUUUGAAGCAGAAGAAAGCAUACAGAGAUGUGUUUCUGCAGGAUGCUGUGGGACUCAGAAACAAGUUGAAAGAGUACUGUGAGCGGCUGAUGUUUUACAACCCAGUGGAUUAUGGGAGGAAGGCAGAGGAAGUGUUAUGGAGGAAGGUCUUCUAUGACCCCAUUCAGCUGGUCAAGAAAAACAGAAGGCACCUGAGGUCUGGGAGUUCUCUGGAGGCCGCAUUCCGUACUCACCUGUCUUCUGCCACUGGUUACUACCACCACCUUAUCUUCAGGCUGCAGUCAGAAUUUGGUCUCAAACUUCAUAGAACAGUGGACUUCUUCCUUAUACCAGAAUCCAAAUCUGGUACGAAUGGACAUAAAAAGUCUUUGAGUCAGGCAGUCAGAAGGAGGGAUGCCACGCCUGCUGUCCAGGACUGGGCCACCAAGGCCUGUCACAGGUGUCUCGUCUGUCUGGGAGACAUUGCUCGAUAUCAGCAGGAAUUUGAUAAAGGUGUAAGCAAAGCUGCCGCUGAGCGUUUCUAUCAUCAGGCUAUUGCACUCUACCCAGAUAAUGGAAUGCCACACAAUCAGCUUGGAACUUUGAAGGGUUCACGAUAUUUCCAGUGUGAGGCUGCCUACCAUUACAUCAGAUGCAUGGUGUGUGAGAAAGCUUUUGAUGGAGCAGAGGGGAAUUUGGACAGAUUGUUUGAGAAGAACAGGAAGCGAUACAGAGAACUACAACACAACAGUAGCCAGAGUCUUCCACCCAAACUCCAGAGGCAAUAUGAUGUGAAAUUUUUUCUCAUCCACUUCAUUCAUUUGUUGGAUGUGUUCUUUGAUACAAACAGAAGUGUUGAUGCAGUGGAGCUACAGGAAUGUUGUCAAUCAGCCCUACAGAGUUUUAACCUGUGUAUGUUUUAUGAGCCGGUGGUUUAUGCUGAGGAGGAAUGUAGAGACGAGAACCUGCAGUAUCUGGAUGACGAUCUGGUGUUUAAGCUUGUUGUGAUUUGUAUGUCUACCAUCCAUUUGCUGCAGAUCAGAGGAUCAAAACAAGUGACAGCAGCGACGGCCUUCCUGCUCGCUCUUUUCUCACACAUCUUGAACCAUGUAGUGAUUCGCCUUCAUAAUGCCCUGUAUGAGAAGGAAAACCCGAACAAGCUGCUCCAUCACCAGGAGGAAGAGGAGGCCGCAGGUGAGGAUGACAUGUCAGACAUUGAUGUAGAGGAACAGGGACCCUCCAACGGACCCAGUGAUAACCCCUCCCAAUAUCACAACACAGACGGCUGGACGUCGGGGGCGGGUCACAAUGGAGAGACGAAGGAGGAACAGGGUGACAGCAACAAAAAAAACAACAUCAAAAAUCUGAAGAGACGGCGACAGAGACGCAGGCGAGGGGGGAGUGACAGCUCGGACCUGUCUGAUGUGUCCGAUCUCAGUGAAGGUGGUAGAGAUCUGUCCGACCAGUUUCUGUCGGACGAGUCAGAAGAAGAGUUUGUAGGCUUCUUUACUAAUGACUCGGAUUCGGAUAUCUCGGACGAUCUGAUGGAGAGUCAAGAGCUGGAGCCAGGGUUUGCUUCCAAGUCACCAUCCAACAGUGCCAAACCAACCCCAGACUCCAGCAUGUCCAAUUUAAAUGCAAAACCAACCCCAGACUCCAGCAUGUCCAAUUUAAAUGCCAACAACUUGGAUUUGAUGAGUUCACAGACAAAUAUUUGGUCAGCUGACUCGGACUCCCUCGCUCACCUGUCCUCAGAGUUAUUGUCAUCAUCAAUGACGUUACUGGGACAGAAUUUCCGUCUGGAGGCUCAGAACAGUCGUAUCACUGAGAAGGAUGAGGCGGAGCUAGCUAACUGUGAGGAAGUGGUGCAGGGCAGGAAAGAGGUCCCGGUACCUCCAGGUUUUGCCUCAUCCUCCGAAGCCAAACAUGUUGCCGAGAUUACCUGUAAGAUGGCCAACUUUGUGAUAGAGACAGACACGGAAGUCAGUGCUGGCCCUACGGACACAGAGAUGUCAGGUUGUGAUGGCUCGACCACAGAGGCUGAAGAUCCAGGCAGUUUAUCAGACUCCACAGACAAGGCUGAGUUAGAACACAGACAAUUGCAGAACUUGAUUGAUGUUUUACAAACAGAAGGCCUCCUUCCUGUAGUCAAAGUCGGCUGUGAUUGGAUGAAGUGCAAUAAGGAGGUCAUUCUCACCUGUGCACAGAGCUCACAGUCUUUGUGGCACAGGUUGUCAGUGUUAUUAAAUAUUCUACCCAAAGAAUCUGUGAUAGCAGGGCAUGACCAGUGUUGGGUUGACCAGCUGAAGACCACAUUAAACUGUGCUGGUCAUCCAGACUGGAGACAGACUUUUCCACUGACAGAGGACAUCAACCUCUGGCAGUUCUCCCCCCUUACUGAGGCCCACAUGGGGAUAGAGUUCACAUCAAAGAGGAGGGGGCAGCUAAGUGAUACACAGGAGUGCUUCUUAAGGACAGGCAGUCUGAGACACUUUGGAUACUAUUUGUCUUCACUGGAGAAUUUGACCUUCAUCUAUAAUGAAGACCAAAGCUUGUUUAUUGGUCCAUCUCAUGCAGGGAAUGUUGAGGAGAAUGAGAAAGAGGCCAUGGAUCGAGAGGCUGAUGAGGAAAGCAGGAGAAACCAGCUGAUGAGGGAUAUGGCACAGCUUCGGUUACAGGCUGAGGUCAGUCAGCUAGAGGGGUCUUUGGAGGCCCCAGACACCCCCCAUUUUCCUCCCUACCUGAUCCCGGACACCACCUGUCUGUGUGACAAUUUACACCUGGUCAAGCAGCUCACCCAGAGUGGAAAAGGCAUCCUUAUUAUUCCUAUAUCUGUGAUUGACACAUUGGACUAUCUGAAGAAAGAGUCUGUAGGUGCACGGGAGGCCAUUAGGUGGCUAGAGUCUGAAUUCAGGAAAGGAAAUCGGUACAUACGAGCCCAGAAGAGCAAUGAGAAAGUUGCCGAUAAUAUGCCGAAAAACCUAAAGAAAAAUAACCGUGAUUUGUGGAGUCUGUAUGAGAUCCUUUCUUGUGCAAGAUACCUGGCUCAGCAGGGGGAAAACAUCAGCUCUGGUCACAUGGUGGCUGUGCUGUCCAGCAAGGAUUUAAUCAGAACAUCUACCCCACCCACCUUUCAGAAGUCUCUGUCCAACUGUCAACAAGAUGGCAUCAGCAUAGAGAAGAUCUCUACUUUCACCAGCAAGUGGUUAGACACCCUUAAAAGCAAUGGCUGACAAGGAACUGAAACAUGGCAUCAGAUUGCCAGGAUUCCAAAUCAGAAUGGAAAAUUAAUUUCCUAAGACGUGAAUAAUUCACCCAUAACUCUUCAGAGUUCAAUAUAUGUGUGUAACAUUGAAAGAGGAUGGAAAUUUACUGAUGAAAAUUGGGGUGUGUUUUUUUUGGUUUUUUUUUUGGUUUUUGUUUUUUUUACAUAAUUUCAGUAAAUUUCACACUCUUUAAGAUUCUGCAAGCUUGCAUGCUCGAAAUGUGGCUUCAUACAAACAAAAGAUGUUAAACAGCUCAUAGCAUCACAAGAGUCUAGUGACUAUAUUAUAUGUAUAAAACCAAUCAGCAUUGCUAGAUUUUUGUGGUUUUAUCUUUGUACUUUACAUAGAUGUCAAUCAUUUAGAUGCCAAAAUGACCAUAGUCCAUAUGGGGUCUUUGGUGAUGUUAUUCUCUAAUUUAGCAAUAUACCCUUUCUGUUUACUGUUUUAAAAUACUACAAAAUAAAUUGUGUAGUAGACAUGUAUGUACUAGUAGGUAUAUAUAGUUAAAUUGCCCUGUAUCAGUCAAUGUUAAUACUAAAUGGUCGAACCUCUACCUCUUAGUUAAGCAUUCCACUGUAUGCUAAAUAAGAAACCCAAACUGCUUUCUAAAAUUUAUGCAAUUCAAUAUUUUUUAUCCCAGUGCUGUAGAUUAUUGAUGUUUAAUAUAUCAACUGUGGGAUAUUUACGCUCCGGCAGUUUUGGCUCUGUUACACUAUUCUAUUAAAUUGCAGGUGAAUGCGAGAAAAUUUUCCGAUUAUUAAAAUUGAUACUGGA